GGUCACUUCUUCAGAUAGCUCCCCAGCUCUGGAAAAUGAGCAUCCUCAAGAGACCCCAGAAUCCAACAAUAGUGUGUCUACUUCCUUUAUGAAGUCUCAUCACUGCUAUGACCUGAUUCCCACAAGCUCCAAAUUGGUUGUAUUUGAUACAUCCCUGCAGGUGAAGAAAGCUUUCUUUGCUUUGGUGACUAAUGGCGUACGAGCUGCCCCUUUGUGGGAUAGUAAGAAGCAAAGUUUUGUAGGCAUGCUAACCAUCACCGAUUUCAUCAAUAUCCUGCAUCGAUAUUAUAAAUCAGCCUUGGUACAGAUCUAUGAGCUGGAAGAACACAAGAUAGAAACUUGGAGAGAGGUGUACCUACAGGAUGCCUUCAAACCACUCGUCUGCAUUUCUCCUAAUGCCAGCUUGUUCGAUGCUGUCUCUUCAUUAAUUUGAAACAAGAUCCACAGACUGCCAGUUAUUGACCGGGAAUCAGGCAACACUUUGUACAUCCUCGUCCACAAGCACAUCCUCAAGUUCCUCAAAUUGUUUAUCACUGAGUUCCCCAAGCCAGAGUUCAUGUCUAAGUCUCUGGAAGAGCUACAGAUUGGCACUUAUGCCAACAUUGCUAUGGUCCACACCACCACCCCUGUCUAUGUGGCUCUGGGCAUCUUUGUUCAACACCGAGUCUCAGCACUGCCAGUAGUAGAUGAGAAAGGGCGUGUGGUGGACAUCUACUCCAAGUUUGAUGUUAUCAGUCUGGCAGCAGAAAAGACCUGCAACAACCUAGAUGUGUCUGUGACCAAAGCCCUACAACAUCGAUCCCAUUACUUUGAGGGUGUCCUCAAGUGCUACCUGCACGAGACUCUGGAGACCAUCAUCAACAGGCUGGUGGAAGCAGAGGUUCACCGGCUUGUCGUGGUGGAUGAGAAUGAUGUGGUCAAGGGGAUUGUAUCACUGUCUGACAUCCUGCAGGCCCUGGUGCUCACAGGAGGAGAGAAGCCCUGAGCUGGGGAAGGGGUCAGGCAGCAC